UUGGUUACCCCGUGAUUUCCAACAUUCAGAUUAGGAUUUCGAAUGCGCGUUUUGCUGACUAUAAAAACCCGAACAGCUCAAUUUUGUUUCUCAUAGUAUCCUAAUUAUUACCUUCAUUGGAGUUGCAAACUUACAAAUAGGCACAGGUCAUUUUAUCUUCCAUAAUGUCGCUUCAUCUGAGAUCGACUCUAAAGAAAGCCGCUCUACUGGCCAACCGGAUUGGCACUAACGGCCAAAAAGCCGCGCUAGGUCAACAUGCUUCGGCCAUCAAGUUUCAACCGACGCCAGAUGUAUCCAAGUUUGAAAACAACAUCGUUACAUCGCCGUACGGAGAUUGCGAUCUCCAUGACAUGACGAUGGUCCAAAAAAUUUUCGAAAGCGCCGGACGGUGGCCGAACAAAAUCGCGCUGGAAUGCGGAAUAACUGGACGCAAGUACACCUACGAGAUGACGCGCCAGUUGAUCCGCCGUUUUGGAAGCGCAUUGACUCGCAUGGGGUACAAGAAAGGCGAAGUCUUUGGCAUCAUUUCGCCAAAUAUUCCGGAAUUCCCCAUCGUAUUGUACGGAGCCUCUGGUGCUGGGAUGCCCGUCUCCUUGGUCAACCCCACUUUUACUGCCGAGGAAAUGGCUCGUCAAUUGUCUGCUGUCGGUGCAACGGCUCUAUUUGGGGUGGCUCCAAUGGCCGAGACCCUGAAACAAGUUGCCCAACUUUGUCCAGCUAUUCGACACAUCAUUCUUUUGGGCCCUCCUCUGGAAGGCGCAGUCUCUUUCCAACAAAUGGCCCAAGACUCCGGGGAUCUUUUCAACGAAACCCUCGAUAUUAAUGUUAAGGAAGAUGUCUUCUUGCUUCCUCAUUCGAGCGGAACUUCUGGAUUGCCUAAGAGCGUUAUGUUGUCCCACUUCAACAUGACUUCAAACGUGAUGCAAUUUUUGCAACCGGGAGGUACCAAUCACCAAGUUGCUACGACCAACUACCAGGACACGUACAUUUGUCUACUUCCUUUCUUCCAUGCGUAUGGCAUCACACUUCUGAUGAACACUGGAUUCGAAACUGGCGCCAAAUUAGUGACGCUGCCCCAAUUCGAAGUUCAGAGUUACCUGAAAGCUAUUGAUGAUCACAAGCCAACAGCAAUGCAUGUUGUCCCUCCUCUAGCAACUCUUCUGGCCCAGCAUCCAGCUUUAAAAGUCGAGUCGCUUAGCCAGAUGCACACCAUAUUCUGCGGUGCGGCUCCCUUGGGCGUACAAACAUCUGUCAAGCUACUCGAACGACUAAACAAUCCAAACUUAAGCCUUCAAGAAGGUUACGGCCUAUCGGAAACAUCUCCGGGGGUGUUGAUGGCUCCACUAGGAAACACCAAGUUCGGCUCUUGUGGAGCUCCCAUCUCCAGGUCAAAAGCGAAAGUCAUCAAUCACGAAAUCGGCAACCAAGCUCUGGGACCUUACCAACAUGGCGAACUUUACCUCUCCGGUCCGCAAGUGAUGAAAGGAUAUUGGAACAACCCCAAAGCCACCGAGGAAAUGAUUGACGGAGAAGGUUGGCUUCGCACCGGAGAUGUCGCCUACUACGACGACGAUGGCAACUUCUACAUCGUCGAUCGCCUCAAGGAACUCAUCAAAGUCAAAGGACUCCAGGUCGCUCCAGCCGAACUAGAAGAUGUUCUGACUUCCCAUCCGGCUGUGGGAGAAGCGGCCGUCAUUGGAAUCCCCGACGAUCACGCCGGUGAACUCCCUCGAGCCUACGUCGUCAGGAAACCGGGAAUGGAGUCGGUCAGCGACGCUGAUAUUCAGGCAUUUGUCGACUCCAAGGUCUCACCCCACAAACAAAUUAAAGGAGGGAUCAAGUUCUGCGCCACUAUCCCAAAAAAUAACAUGGGGAAAAUUCUGCGGAGAGAGUUGAGAGUCCAGUACGCCAAUAACCAAGCCAAAGAUUUGAAAAAUAGAUAAAAUAUGUUCUACCGUGGAUUUGAAUGCUUUUAAAAAAAAUGUCGGAAUCCUAAAACUGUAUCUUUUUUAACUACCUUUUUUUUCUGUUUUGCGCGGCAGUGCAAAAAAAAAUGCAAUUCAAAAUUUAUCUUAUAUUUUUCAAACCAUCACGAUGUCUGUAAAUCUGUAAAAAAUGUAUGUAUACUCAAAGUGAAUCAAUCGUCUGAAUCAAUACACAUGACAAAAAUAAU